ACCCCACAAUAAAUGACAGUUAUUUCGUCAGCAAUAAAGAAUCAAGUCGUCACAUUUUCUUCAAUGAAAAUAAAACUAUUCUUUAUAGCAUGAACUAUGAGAUGAUGUAUGGAGAACGACAAUAUGUCCACAAGAAUAAGCUCAUCCUAUCUUAAACGUAGGACAUAUACUACAAACUUGUGAGAUGCCUUUAUUAACCACUAAAACAAGUAAGCGACUUGUUCAGAAAGUGGAAAAAAGAAACACAUUGCAUUAUUGUGAUCAAUGAUUUUCGCUCUAACCAAUUGCAAAUAUGGCAAUGCUGUCUUGUUCUAAGUUACCCUUAUAUGCGUACCUUGUUUGUUAUGUUUUGGUUAACAGAAUGGCAUAUAUUUGUUAUUAAAUCUUUUCACAGUCUGUUAAAGGUAACAUAUCCGUUCGUUAGCGAAUAGGUUAACUAUGUGUUAUACAUACCAGUCUGUUUGUUACCUAUUUGUUAACAGUAACAAGUAUAUCUGUUAUCUCCAUAUGUUAUUUUCAUUGUUACCUAUUUGUUAGUUCUAAUAAAUUCAUAGGGUAGCAUAUUGGUUACCGUUUUGUUACCUUUAACUAGUUGCUCGAAAACCAUUUUAAACAAUAUUCUGAAAUUAUUUUGUUAAUAUUUAACUUUUUAUUUUAUUAUUUUGACAUUUACAAUUAUGAUAAACAACAAAAUUAAAUAACAAGUUAAAAACUAAGUUUAAAAUAAAAUAUUGGAAAUUAAAAUAUCUUUAUACAACAAAUUUACAAGAAAAAACUGCACAAAAAAGUAUUCGGUAGUGUGUCCUUACUGAUAGGACGCGGCAUUCCCACAAUAAUUACUUUGCGUUUGCACCUCGGCUUUUUCUGGAGAGCCUUCUCUAUUGCAGUGAGACUGUGACCAAUACCACUUAUUAAUUUUACAACACGGGUCCCUUUAGCAUCCAGCUUCUGUAUUAUACUAUAUAUGAAAUGCAUAAAUAUAUUUUUAUAAAGCAAAUACUAAUAUAUUUACUUUUAUAAUAAUACAUGACAAACAUAUAUAGAUAUGCAUGUCCCAAGAUGCACACUAAAUUAAAAUCAGAUCUUCCCUCAUACUUCCUUUAAAAUUGCACAAAAUAUAUUUCUUUGCUUUUGAAUAGACAUUUUAUAAAUAAAAAUAAUGUAAAUUGAAUGCAUUUUAAUAAUUCCAUAGCCGAUCUUUAUGAAGACGUCCGAUAAAGUGUCUGGCAUUGAGGGAGGAUUUUCUGCUUAAAAUUGAACCACCAAUUGGAAGAAGGGAAUAAAAGCCGUUUUUGAUGAAAUAGAUUUUUACUCAUAUUAGCUCUUUUCAAUCGUAAAACUACGAGUCAGGUUAAAAAAUAAAUAAAAAGGUCAAACGCCAUUGUAAUACUAGCGGCCAAAAGAAAAUGUAAGUUGGAAGAAGGGAAUAAAUCAUGGAUUUAUUUCUUUCUUCCAACUAACAACCUUUUUCAUACAAUUAAAGGUCAUUUUAAUUUGACAUUUUUAUUCACUUAAACCGUUAGUAAUAACUGAAUUUGAUUGGCUGGUUGGCUGGCUGCUUAGACCAUCGCAAUUUUGUUUUGUUUACCAGUUAUUUAGUUGACACUUGACCUUGAAUGCAAACGUUUGUGGUGCGCGUUGUUGUGAUUAUUUAAAAGAAGAAAGAACAAUGUCAACUGAGAACCAAUCAUCUGAUCAUGAGAUUACAUUCCAAAAAAGAAGAAAAGAGGGGUACGUAAUUUUCACCUUUAUAAAAAGAAAAUACAAAAAACACAGCGUCUAUUGGGUCAAUCGUACAUGAGUACAAGCACAGGGAGGUUAGUAGAGGCAAAAAGCAAUAAAGAACGUGAUUGUAAAUGCAAAAAAAAGUGCUCUCAUCAGUUCAGUAAUAUAGAUAGACAAGCAAUAAUGGUCACAGUUUAUAAUGGGCGACCCAAAAAUGAACAAGACACGUAUCUUAUGAGCCUUAUUGAACGCUCAAAUAUAGUCCGCCGCCGCCAAUCGGACAAUGAGAAUAAAUAAAACCGUGAGAGUAGCUUUCAUUACUUUGCCAUGAAAAAUACUGAAAAGAUGAAAGUAUGUCGUGAAGCAUUCUCCAUAUUAUUCGCUGUAAAAAAUAAACAUACAUAUAUUCCGAUUGACUAGUCUUAUCACCGAAGGUAAACCCCCAGAAGAUCAGCAUGGUAAACAUCGUAAUCGAGGAAAUAGCUUACCAAAUGAAGCGAAUGUUGUGAUCGAUCAACACAUACGAUCAUUUUCCCUAAAACUAUCGCAUUACAGCAACAGAGAGCUUUAUUAUUUAGAGGCUAGCCUUAAUGUCAAAAUAAUGUUUGAACUUUUUUCCAAGGACUACCCCCAAUAUAAAGAUGUUGUGAAAUAUGAUUACUGUUGGACAUAUUUUAAACAAAAUUUCGACUAUAGUUUUGGCGGCCAUAAGUCGACGUUUGCUCUGUCUGUGAAGAGCUAGAAUCCAAAAUAAAAAGUACUUCACUUAAUGAUAAUGCAAAGAGAGUAGCUGUGGCUGAGAAAAUGGUACAUGUGAAACAAGCGAAAAAGUUUUAUAAUAAAAAAAGAAAUAUUGACUUUUUGCAAUGAGAGAGACAAUGUAGGCGCUAUAGUUUUUGAUUAUAUGCAGAACCUACCUUUGCCAAAGAUUCCUGUUCAAGAAAUGUUUUACUUCAGAAAACUAUGGCUGUACGUGUUUUGCGUUGACGAUUUAAAAACAAACGAGCCACAUUUCUAUACUUAUCAUGAGGGAGAAGCUAAACGAAGUCCGGAUGAAGUUUGUAGUCUUUUAUGGAUGAUGAUACAGAAAGUGGAUCCUAAAAUCAAAGAACUACACGUUUUUAGCGCUCUUUGCGGAGGGCAAAAUAGGAACAACACACUCAUAAGGUUUUUUUGACCCUCGUAUCAAUCAAUCGUUUUGAUAAAAUAUAUCAAUAUUUUCCGGUGCGAGGACAUUCCUUUUUGCAAUGUGAUCGUAACUUUGGAACAGCCAAGAGAUUUAUUAGAAGAAAAGAUAGAAUAUACGUCCCAGCUAGGUACAACAACUUGAUUUCAGAAGCUAAAAGUAAGGGAUUUUUGGUUGAAGCCAUUAAUAAAGAGAACACAUUGAAUUUUAAAACAACAUGGCAGCCGUUCUACAAGAAAACCUGCAAGUCAAUAGAUAAAAGUACAACUUUCAAAAUAUCAAAAUAUAAACAUUUUGAGUACAAUAGUGGUAAUAAAGGUUACUUAACCUGUUCCAAAUUCGUUGACGGAUUUUUAAAGACAUCUUGUUUCAAAAUCAAGAGCUACUCCUAAAAUACCUCACGAAAAAGCAUACCAGUCAAAACUACCCAUAAACGAAAAAAAAGAUGAAUGAUGUGCGAAAAAUCAUAACAUAUUCCUGAAGAGUAUAAGACGUUUUAUGAUUUGAUUUUGACUUGGCCCACAACCACAUUGGAUGGUGCUGAUAAAGAUGAGGAUUAAUACAAUAUCUUUUCUAUGUUAUUAAUAUAAUAAAUGCUAAUAUUCUUUAAUAUUUGUGUCUUUAUUUUCAUAAAUUGGAAAAGGGGAAUAAUUCCAAGAAUUUCAAACUACCCUAACUUUUGUUUUUCUUUACAUAAAAUAUUUUUUUACAGCAUAUUUUCGGCAACAAUGUUUACUACAUUUCAUUUUAAGAUAUCACGGGUAUUUGAUCUAUACGUUGAGAGUAAAUCAGUUUUUUCUAAUUAUAUCAGUUCGAACUUUUUGUAAUUAUUCCCUUCUUCCAAUUGGUGGUUCAAUUAUACUAAAUGUAAAAACCAAAUAUAGGGUAGUCGAAAAAGUCUUUUCGUAUUUCUAAUAAAUAAAUAAAUAAACAAAUAUGUAUGUAAUCCAUCAGUGUAAAUCGAAAUUUCCAGAAUGGAAGCGAGGGAACUAUUGUGCUACACGAACUGGACAGCAUCGCCUUCGUAAACUUCACAAAUUUCAUUGGUGGCUUGCGUGGCAUUCUUCCUUUCCCCCUCCACCUCCCGGCUAGUAAAACGAAAUAGAGAAGAUUCAAGAGCUUAUUAUAUAAAGGCUGGGCCUACCAGCUGACUAAAUAACAAUCAUGUUUACAAUUUUUGUCUGGCUUUAGUUUUCAAAAAGUAUCAAUGACUUCGUCAAAUUCAACCUUAAAGCGAUUUUGUUUUCAAUUGCUAUUUGCGACUCUGACGAGUUUGCCCAUAUUAUUUCUUAAAUAAGUUUUUAUUAUUUUUGAUUUGCUAAAUGACUUUUCGGUUACUGCAAAAGUGACAGGAAUUGUAAAAAAUAAUAACAUUGUUAUAAAUACUACCAUUAGGUCGCAUUCUAGCGUUCCAUAUCUACGCAUUAUUUCCUUAUAUAAUUGGUGAACAGUCCAUCCUUGAGUUAGUUGAGUUAAAACUAGGUGGUAAAUAUAAAUAAAUUGAAGUGAAAAAUUAGGGCCUAUUAUAUCUGAAUAUUUUCUUUUGUAAUAAAGUUGCUUCAUCAGCAGGUAAUAAAAAUGUUGGUGUUAGAAAAUCGGAUAUAUGGCAGACUGCACUCAUAUCAAUAAAACGUGUAUAUAAGAGAUAUUACUGUGUCUAGUACAUUAUUGAAAAUCUCGAUUUUAAAUAUUUCUUCUCGGUUUGCAAAUCGGUGAUCAGCAGCUAAUUCAUCAAAAUGAUUAGUAACUUUUAUUUGCCUUUUUUCUUUAAAAUAGGUAUCAAUACCAUAUUUUCUUGCAUUUUCACUGGAUUUGCACUUGAAUAAUUCGAAAUAAUUUCUAUAAAUUUUCAACUUUGCUUUGGUCUCUGCUAAAACUUUACUCGCCUCGCCGAAAUUGAUGGCGCAUUUUUGUAAAUACACAUCAUGAUCGCCGGCGGAGCUAUCUCCAACUGCAAUAAUUGUCGAAUCUUCUACAGUAGACUUCUCAACCAACACUGCAGCUAGACACCAACACACCACACCACCAAUACACCACACCUGGGGACACAUUGGAUUUCACCACAUCAGAUCAAAAAGGAUGGAGAGCGGGAAGCAGACAAUAUUCGUUCUAAGCAUUUCGACCAUCAACGUUCGCCAUAUAUGUAUGUACUCAUCGCACAUCAACUUUCGAUUCCAACUGAACAGUUACAACAUUGACAACUCAAGUUGAGGAAAUCUCAAACGAGUACCUCAAUUCACAAUUGAAAAAAUUUUGGGAAUUAGAAGAACUCCCACCCAUAUCAGUCACAACCCCGGAAGAUCAGUAUUGUGAGGAUUUUUACAGAGCCACAACUACUAGAUCAGAAAACGGUCGGUACGUCGUACGACUACCACUUAAGCAACAAUUUCCAGAUACACUCGCCUUAGGUCACUCUCGCACCUCUGCAAUACAGCAGUUUUUAAGCAUGGAAAAAAACCUACUUAGAAAAGGUGAGCUUAAAAAAGAUUAUGAUGGUGUCUUAGAAGAAUACCUCCAUUUAGACCACAUGGAGGAAGUAAGCCCAUGCGAAAAAAUCAUAAAAGGCAAAUAUCACUCAUUCUACUUGCCACAUCAUGCAGUAGUAAAGCCUGACAAAAAAACCACAAAGGUUAGAGUUGUUUUUAAUGCUUCAAGAUCCACUAGCUCGGGGAAUUCCCUAAAUAAUAUUCUAUUUACGGGACCCACGCUCCAACCAGAUUUAAUGCUCCUCAUAUUAAAUUGGCGUAUAUACAAAUACGUAUUCAAUGGGGAUGUCGAGAAAAUGUAUCGACAAAUACUGGUACAUAAAGAUGAUCAAGAUUUUCAGAGAAUUAUUUUCCGAAAAUCCCCCAAUAGUCCACUAAGCGACUUUAAGCUAAAAACAGUUACCUUUGGCGUAAACUGUGCCCCGUACUUAGCCAUUCGUACGCUUCACGAACUGGCAGAAGACACAAAGUCAGAAUUUCCUCUGGCAACACAAGUGUUAAAAACACAAACGUAUGUGGACGAUAUUCUGUCUGGAAGCCACAGUCUUUCACAAGCAUACGAGUCACUAGCACAAGUGACACAAGCUCUAAAAGCAGCAGGCUUUCCGUUUUAAAAGAUAACGGCUAACCACCCUAAUAUUUUAAAGGGUGUACCAAAAGAAAAUAUAUUAGACACUAACUUCCUUAAAUUUGAAAAGGAAAGCACAACAGUCAAUAUCAGCAGUAUCCGUCAUAACAAAGAGGCAAAUUUUAUCCUCGGUGGCAAAACUUUUCGACCCCGCAGGAUGGCUUUCUCCAAUUAUGAUACAAGCGAAAAUCCUGAUUCAAGAAUUAUGGCUAGACGGAACAGACUGGGACGAACAAGUGAAACCACUUCGUUUAGAAAAGUGGUCCCAGUUCGCAGGAAAUCUUAGUGAUAUCUCACAGAUCCAAAUCCCACGAUGGGUAAAUUUUGCCCCAGAGCACAAAGUCGAACUUCAUGGCUUCUGUGACGCCUCUGAAAAGGCAUAUUGUGCCACCAUUUAUGUGCGCACACAAUCAGACACAGCAACCACCAGUCACCUACUAGUAGCCAAGGCAAAGGUAGCUCCUCUAAAAACAAUAAGUCUACCACGACUGGAACUAUGUGGUGCGUUACUACUUGCUAAACUAGUAUCCAUGGUGCAAACACAUCUAAAUAUGGAAAAGUAUAAAUUGUAUCUCUGGUCUGAUUCCGAAAUUGUAUUAGCCUGGUUAGAAAAAGCACCCCAUGCAUGGAAGAUGUAUAUUUCCAGUAGCCAGUGCUGACAAUCCUGCCGAUCUAGGUACAAGAGAGUGCAAACCCCUGCACCUUACCUCCACCACUCUUUGGUGGAAUGGUCCCCGAUGGUUAACAGAAUCUCCCGAUUCUUGGCCACAAUCGCCUAUCCGCAAUAUAAUUGCCCCCGAAGGUCGGAAUAUCGAUUCCUUUCAUACAGCGAUAGACGAUGCCGACAUCCUUGAGCCAUUUUCAUCAUAUUCCCGAGCACUCAGGGUAAUCGCUUACAUGUUCAAAUUCAUAGAGCGACUCAAGAUUAAAGUCAAGGGAGAGCCCUCAGUGUACUCCCAAGGUGAUACAUUGUUGCACCUAGACCUACAAAAGGCAAAGGUCGCUCUCAUCACUUACACCCAAUCGCGCCAUUUCAGCAGCGAGACGUCACUACUAAGAGAAUCGAAGCCGAUUAAUAAAAGGAGCUCACUUUUAGUACUAAAUCCAUUUCUGGAUACAAAAGGUGUGCUUCGUGCGAAUGGUUGGCUUGCCAACUCAAGCCUGACAUAUAACGAACGCCAUCCCAUAAUUUUGCCAGAACAAUCACAACUUGCCACAUUGCUUAUCCGCUAUAUACACAUAUUAAUGCUACACGCGGAACAUCGCUUGAUGCAACAUAUAAUCCGCCAAGAGUUCUAUAUUCCCCGACUUAAGCCUCAAAUAAAAAAGUGCAUUUUCAUGUGCAAGAUCUGCGCGAUGCAUAAACAGAAAAUGAGGACGCAGAUUAUGGCAGCACUUCCACCGCAACGCUGCAACUUUGCUCCGCCUUUCACUACCACAGGCGUCGAUUUCGCUGGGCCUUUUCAGAUAAAGGCGUCCAUGCUAAGGUCCCCCACACUAAUGAAGGGCUACGUGGCUGUCUUUGUCUGUUUUACGACAAAAGCAGUGCACCUCGAGCUAUGUACUAAUCUGACAAAAGAGGCUUUCCUCGCGGCAUUUGCACGCGGAUGGAGUCAUGUGUAGAAGUUCACGCAAGUGAGGAAAGUUCUCUGAUCGCCAUUCACUUGGGAGUGGCCAGAAACGAUUCUUUUACACAUGGCUCAAGCAGCUCACUACUUCCGGUCUUUGACCAAGUAUCCUCUGGGUAGCCUAAGAACAUCCGUUCGAAGGCGAGCUAAAGUGAGAAGGCGA